GCAGGGGCGGGGCUUACAGGAAGUCAGUGUCAGAAUGAGAGGUGGGGAGUGGGUGUUCAGAGGUGGAGAGGCAUCGGAGCUUCGGGAGAAGUAGGAGGGGGCCGGGGACUGAGGCACGCUAGCAGCUAUGAAAGGGAGUAGGCGGGGGCUCCCUGCCGCCCACGCCGACUGGAGAAGACUCGCUGGAGCCCGGCACGGGCGCAGAGAGGGACUUCCCCAGGGGGGACCGGAGCCAGGCCUGCCGGUCAGGAUGGGGCGGAAGGCUUGGAGGGAAAUUAGGUAACGCCGCUCCCUGGGCUCCCCGGAAAGGGGCGGGCCAGCCUGGAGGAAGGCGGGGAAUAUCUCCAGCACUGGGUUCAAGUAGAGACGCCCUAGGGGAGGAGCCAGGGGCCAUUUACCCUUCUCAUUGGCUGGGAGCCAGUCUCCCAUCAUGGCCACGCCCCUUGAUUUCAUGACCCCGCCCUUUCCUAACCUUAAACCCCGCCUCUUCCUCUGAAACUGGGUGGCAGUCCCGCCCUCUACUCCAGUACUUCCUGUUCCCGACUACCCCUGGCUGGGAGCCGGGGCCCCUAGAGUGACCGUGGACGGAGUGACCCUGCGAGGCUGCGCGGACCGGGGUGCGCAGCGAAGUCAGACCGCAGGCAGGAGGGCGGCGCUUGGGCCUCGCGCAGCCGGUGCGGGUCCAGGCGGGCCGCGGGGCUGGGCUGACUGCUGUCUCGGGAUGCCAGGGGAGGAGGAGGAGCGGGCCUUCCUGGCUGCCCGCGAGGAGCUGGCUAGCGCCCUGCGGAAGGAUUCCGGGCAGGCGUUUUCCCUGGAGCAGCUCUGGCCGCUGCUGGUCACCUCUCUGCCGCCAUCCGCCCGCUACCAGCAGCUGGACGCCGCACGCCUGAUCCGCUGCAAUGCUCACGGGCAGCCCCAGACCUACCUCGGCACCCUUUCCACGGCCCUGAACAUCCUGGAGAAAUAUGGCCGCAACCUCCUCAGCCCUCAGAGACCGCGUUACUGGCGCGGAGUCAAGUUUAAUAACCCCGUCUUUCGAAGUACGGUGGAUGCUGUGCAGGGGGGCCGGGAUGUUCUGCGAUUGUAUGGCUACACCGAGGAGCAGCCGGAUGGGUUGAGCUUCCCCGAGGGGCAAGAGGAUCCAGAUGAGCACCAAGUGGCUACAGUCACCCUGGAAGUACUGUUACUUCGGACCGAGCUCAAUCUGCUGUUAGAGAAUAAUCAUCCAAGACAGCAAACACUGGAGCAGCUGCUGAAUGACAAAGCGGAAGAUGAUGCGAGGAAGAUGCUACAGCUCUCAGAGUUUGCCCCCCUACUGAGAGAGAUUGCUCCUGGCCCCCUCAUCACACCCUCUGCCCCAGGCUCCACUCCUGGUCCUUGCUUCCUCUGUGGUUCUGCCCCAGGCACACUGCACUGCUCAGCCUGUAAACAGGCCUUGUGCCCAGCUUGUGAUCGCCUGUUCCAUGGGCACCCAUCCCGUGCCCAUCACCUCCGCCAGACCUGGGCCCCUCACGCUGCCCACUUGACCCCUAGCUUACCUGCCGCAGCUCCACCACUGCCCCAGCUAACCUCCUUGCUGGCCCUCGGAGAUAACUCUCUUUCGUCCCCUGAUCCUGCAAGUGCCCGUCUAUCCUGGCACUGUGCCACCUGUUCCGUGCUAAAUAAACCUUGGGCAGUGCUCUGUGAGGCCUGUGAUCGGCCCAGAGGUUGUAAGGGAUUGGGGCUGGAGAUUGAGGGUCCCCAAGGAGCUGGCGGCCUAGAACCUGAACUUGCACGGGGUCACUGGGCCUGCCAGAGCUGCACCUUUGAGAAUGAGCCAGCGGCUGUGCUGUGUGCCAUGUGUGAGCGACCUCGGCUGGCUCAGCCUCCUAGCUUGGUGGUGGAUUCUCAGGAUGGUGGCAUUUGCCUGCAGCCCCUUCAGCAGAGAGAUACUUUGCUCUCCUCUGCCCAGACUUCGAUCUGGUACUGUAUUCACUGUACCUUCUGCAAUUCGGGCCCUGGCUGGGUAUGUGCUAUGUGUAACCGGACCAGCAGCCCCAUCCCAGUAAAGCAUGCCUCCCGGCCCAAUGCCAGCUCUUUGGAAGAGCGACUCCCCAAUCCAGAGCCUCCACGACGCCUCAGUGCCCCUCUGCCCAGUUCCUGUGGGGACCCUGAGAAGCAGCGCCAAGACAAAAUGCGCCAAGACAAGAUGCGGGAGGAAGGUCGUCAGCUAGUGAUCAAGAUCCGGGAAGGAGAAGCCGCAGGCGCCUGUCCAGAGGAGGUCUUCUCUGCUCUGCAGUACUCUGGCACCGAGGUGCCCUUGCAGUGGUUGCAUUCAGAGCUGCCCUACGUGCUGGAGAUGGUGGCUGAACUGGCUGGACAACAGGACCCUGGGCUAGGUGCCUUUUCCUGUCAGGAGGCCCAGAAAGCCUGGCUGGAUCGUCAUGGCAAUCUUGAUGAAGCUGUGGAAGAGUGUGUGCGGGUCCGGCGCAGGAAGGUGCAGGAGCUCCGGUCCCUGGGCUUUGGGCCUGAGGAGGGGUCUCUUCAAGCAUUGUAUCAACACGGGGGUGACGUGGCACGGGCCCUGACUGAGCUACAGCGUCAGCGCCUAGAGCCCUUCCAUCAGCGCCUCUGGGACAGUGGCCCGGAGCCCACCCCUUCAUGGGACAGUUCAGAUAAGCAGAGCCUGGUCAGACGACUUUUGGCAGUCUACACACUCCCCAGCUGGGGCCGGGCAGAGCUGGCGCUAUCGCUGCUGCAGGAGACACCCAGGAACUAUGAAUUAGGGGAUGUGGUAGAAGCUGUGAGGCAGAGCCAAGAUCGGGCCUUUCUGCGUCGCUUGCUUGCCCAGGAAUGUGCUGUGUGUGGUUGGACCCUGCCCCGCAACCGGAUGCAGGCUCUGACUUCUUGUGAAUGCACCAUCUGUCCUGACUGUUUCCGUCAGCACUUCACCAUCGCCUUGAAGGAGAAGCACAUCACUGACAUGGUGUGCCCUGCCUGUGGCCGCCCCGACCUUACCGAUGACACACAGUUGCUCAGCUACUUCUCUACUCUUGACAUCCAGCUUCGAGAGAGCCUGGAGCCAGAUGCCUAUGCCCUGUUCCAUAAGAAGCUGACUGAGGCUGUGCUCAUGCGGGACCCCAAGUUCUUGUGGUGUGCCCAGUGCUCCUUUGGCUUCAUAUACGAGCGUGAGCAGCUGGAGGCAACAUGUCCCCAGUGUCGCCAGACCUUCUGUGUACGCUGUAAGCGCCAGUGGGAGGAGCAGCACCGGGGCCGGAGCUGUGAGGAUUUCCAGAACUGGAAACGCAACAAUGACCCAGAAUACCAGGCCCAGGGCCUGGCGAUGUACCUUCAGGAAAAUGGCAUUGACUGCCCCAAGUGCAAGUUCUCGUAUGCACUGGCCCGAGGAGGUUGCAUGCACUUUCACUGUACCCAGUGCCGCCACCAGUUCUGCAGUGGAUGCUACAAUACCUUUUACGCCAAGAAUAAAUGUCCAGAGCCUAACUGCAGAGUGAAAAAGUCCCUGCACGGACACCAUCCCCGAGACUGCCUCUUCUACCUGCGGGACUGGAGUGCUCUCCGGCUCCAGAAGCUGCUACAGGACAAUAAGGUCAUGUUCAACACAGAGCCCCCAGCGGGGGCCCGGGCAGUCCCUGGAGGUGGCUGCCGAGUGAUGGAGCAGAAGGAGGUUCCCAAUGGGCUCCGGGACGAAGCUUGUGGCAAGGAGACGCCAGCUGGCUAUGCCGGCCUCUGCCAGGCACACUACAAAGAGUAUCUUGUAAGCCUCAUCAAUGCCCACUCACUGGACCCAGCCACUCUGUAUAAGGUGGAGGAGCUGGAGACAGCUGUCGAGCGCUACCUGCAUGUGCACCCACAGCCCCUGGCUGGGGAGGAUGCCCCUGCCUACCACGCCCGCUUGUUACAGAAACUGAUGGAAGAGGUACCCUUGGGACAGAGUAUACCCCGCAGGAGGAAGUAGCUGAGGGCGAGGGUCCUGAUGAGGGUCCCACGUCCUCAGGAACAGCUCCAGCACCAAUAAAGAGGCAUCUCCUUGCCCAGGC